AUGCCGUUCUCCAAUCUCACCCACGACGCUCUUGACCGCGUCCUCACCUUCUUGUCUGACUUCAACACCCUCAGUGCUGCCAUCCUCAUCGACAAGAACAUCUACCACGUCUUUCAAGCUCGACCAAAGUCUAUUCUGCGCGCAGUCGCCUACAACGCCGUCGGCCCCGCCCUGCCCGCCGCCCUCAGGCUAGCCAAGAAUGAAGAGUCUCCCACAGAGCCUCCCGCUGAGGAUCAACUCACCGGAACAGACGUGCGCUUCAACCGUGCAGAAGCUGACAGGAUCGUCGCAGGCGCCACCGUCAUCUCCGGCUUCGAAGACCUAUUCAGCUGGAGACACAAGGACCGCUCGUCCCCUAUCACCAAGCUCACCCCCGCCGAGUCCCUCCGCUUCCACAACGCGUGCUACCGCUUCUGGGCGUACUGCGCCAUGUUCGAGGACACCCAUUAUGACUGGGACCUGGAAGACGACCUGGACAAUAUUCCAGAGGACUGCAUUGCCUUUUUCAAUGCCUUCUCCGACCGCGACCUCUUUGACAUCGACCGGCUCGUCAGCUUCCUUGUUGAGACCGUCCAGUGGAUCGACCAUGUCCACUACCCCGAGGGCGGAUAUUCGAACCACGCAGGCUUUCUUGCGGAGUGGCCAGAGGCCAUCCUGAAGGCGUACAGAGGGUAUGGCCUCCACGCCCUGCACCAUUACAUGCAAGCGUCCUUCCGCAAUGGAUUCUACUCCGAGCCGUUCCAGUCGGUCAUGAACUCGCGCGGCAUCAUCGCCGCUGGCGCCCGCGCAGAGAAGAGGUCCAAGGCCAUCCUGGAAGCCGUCGUCGGUGACCAGGAUCGAUGUCAUCGAUGCCAUACCGUCUGCGGCGUCAACCUCUGGGGCGCAUCGAACUUUCACCUCCUGAAGGGCAUUCUCAACGCGGACGACCUCCUCCGCUCGCUCCCUGGGCACCUCCGGCAGAACAAGACCGAGAUGCGGCUCAUCCUCGGCAUCCUCGAGGGUGCCGCCUUCCCCGUCCCCGGCUUCGAUUGGCCCCUCCCCACUUUUGUUGCCAUGCCUCCCCUGCACAACCCCAACGCUCCCCCUUAUGCAUUGCCCGCCUUCCACGCACAGGUUGCCGGCGCUGCCUUACCCGCCCCGAACCCACCUGCCGUCCCAGCGCCCGCGCCCGCCCUCGUUCCUGCACCAGCCCCAGCCGCAGCUCCAGUCAUCCCAGGUCUAGCCGCGCUGGCAUCCAUGCCCGCGGUACCUCCAGACGGCCCUGGCAUCGACUACGCGGAGCUCUUCGGCGAGAUACUCUCGCUGCCGGCGGGUGCGGACGAAGGUACGGACCCCACGCUCGGCGCCUGGGAUGCGGACGGGUGGUUCUGUGUCGGGUGCGUACGCGAGCUCUGUCGGGCACGUCUGUGGCGGUGGUGGCUCGCGCGGAAGCAGGAAGAGGAUAUGCGGAUCGAGGAGGACUGCUGGUAUGGCUGGAACUGCCGCACGCAGGUGCACAAGGCGUCGCAUGCGACGCGCCUGAACCAUCUGUGCAAGCCCGCCAAAGGCGACCCGGGGAAUUUGUGA